AUGAAAAAACGGUGGAUCACAGCAAUAAAACGUAAAGAUUUCCGCCCGAGUACAGAGUCGCGUGUGUGCACAGAUCAUUUUAGACUCGAGGAUUAUGCUACUACUGACUUUGAUUCAGGUCACACACUGAUAAAACGAAUUUUAAAGAAAGAUGUAGUGCCAUCCAUAUUUUCGUGGAAAAGAAAAUUGGACAUUUCACUUCAAGAUGCUCGUUUGAUGCGACAGAAGCAAAGGGAGCUGAAAUUGAGUCAAAAGAGACUGAUGGUUACAAGCUCCAAUUGUAAUUCAUGUCCAACAGUUGAAACAAAUACCGCGUUUAUAGAACCUGUUCUCCUUUCGUCUAGUGAAGAUAUUAAUCAUUAUUCAUUAAAUAAAAUCUCCAUCGGUUGUGAAAUUGAAGUGACAGACUCAACCUGUAAUGCAAAUACCAGUCAAAUCACUACAGAGAAAACAGUCUCUCUUAAAGUAAAUACUGGAUCAUCUAAAAAAACUUUUGCUAAUGCUGCCACUCAAACCUUCAUGAAGAUUACUUUUACCAUAGAGAACCUUCGAAACAAUUCGAAGAGUGUGUCUUAUUAUACGGGUUUUGAAUCCUUAGAAAAAUUAAAAUUAGUUUUACAUAGUUUGGGGCCAUCAGCUUAUGAAUUGACAUACCGAUAUGGUAAUGUAGUAAAUGUUGCUGUUGAGGAUCAGUUUCUUAUAACUCUCAUUAAAUUGAGGAGAGCCAUAUCCGAUAUAGGUUUAGCUUUGAUGUUUGAUGUUAGCAAAACGACAAUUCAGAAUAUUGUUAUUACAUGGUUAAAUUUUAUGUAUUGUGAGUGGUCUGAAAUAGACAUAUGGCCUAAUAAGGAUCUCAUUAUGUAUUACAUGCCCUCAGGAUUUAAACAGAUGUAUCCUUCAACUAGGGUAAUACUAGAUGGAACAGAAUUUCCAAUAAAUGCUCCUAAAAAUCCGAAAUUUCAGCAAGCGACCUUUAGUACAUACAAGAACAAAACCACAUUGAAAGUAUUGGUUAGCGCAACACCUGGUGGACUUAUUUCUUAUAUUUCUUCAGCUUAUGCGGGAUCUGUAAGCGACAGAGCGAUAGUUGAAAGAAGUAAUCUUACUUAA